UUCGUUUGCGUCCCAAUAUCUCUCACUUUAGAAGCUCUCGUGAAUUUUGAAAGAGAGUUUAGACUGAAUCCCACACCUCUCUUCCAAUCUCAGGCAAUAAGAGUGAUUUCCCUCCGCGACGAACAUACUUUUAUCCUUUAAAGAGCUUAAGGUUUUAAUCCAAGUUCCACAUUCCUUUAAGAAACCCUAGAAGAAAACAAUGGAGGAAAAUCAGAACGGUAAAGAAAGUUUGACAGUGCUUGAAAUUGAAGAAGAACCAAUAGUUGGUCCUGCUCCCCCUCCUCCUCGUCCUCGCAAACGUCCCCUGCAGUUCGAACAAACUUAUCUUGAUUCUUUGCCCUCUGCUAAUAUGUAUGAAAAAAGCUUUAUGCAUCGCGAUGUAGUCACACACGUGGCUGUGUCACAGGCAGAGUUUUUAAUAACUGGAAGUGCUGACGGUCAUUUGAAGUUUUGGAAGAAAAAACCAAUUGGCAUCGAGUUUGCUAAGCAUUUCAGAUCUCACCUUGGACCUAUUGAAGGUUUAGCCGUUAGCGCAGAUGGCUUACUUUGUUGUACAAUUUCAAAUGACAAAUCGGUGAAGAUAUACGAUGUCGUAAACUAUGAUAUGAUGGUCAUGAUACGCCUACCCUUUGUACCCGGUACAGUUGAAUGGGUUUACAAGCAAGGAGACGUCAAAGCUAAGCUUGCCAUUAGUGAUCGCAACUCCCCGUUUGUUCAUAUAUACGAUGCACGUUCUGGUACAAAUGAGCCAAUCAUCUCUAAAGAGAUACACAUGGGCCCAGUAAAAGUUAUGAAGUACAACCAGAUCUUUGACACAGUAAUAUCUGCAGACGAGAAGGGAAUCAUUGAAUACUGGUGCCCUGCUACCCUGCAGUUCCCGGAAGAUAGAGUGAGUUUCAAACUGAAGAGUGACACCAGUCUCUUUGAAGUUGUGAAGUCCAAAACAUUUGUUUCUGCAAUUGAGGUUAGCCCUGACGGCAAGCAAUUCGCCAUUACAUCUCCUGAUCGUAAAAUACGUGUGUUUUAUUUUCGAAGUGGUAAGCUUCGGCGACAGUAUGAUGAGUCCCUGGAGGCAGCACAAGAACUCCAAAGGGCCGAUGUUCCUCUCUAUAGGUUGGAAGCCAUUGAUUUUGGACGAAGAAUAGCAGUUGAGAAGGAAAUAGAAAAAACGGAAAAUGUGCCUCAACCAAAUGCGAUCUUUGAUGAGAGCUCUAACUUCCUCAUAUAUGCAACACUUCUUGGCAUUAAGGUGGUAAAUUUGCAGACAAAUAAAGUUGCUCGAAUUCUUGGAAAGGUUGAGAACAAUGAUAGAUUUUUAAAAAUUGCUUUGUAUCAAGGUGACAGAAACAGUAAAAAGGUGAGAAAAAUUCCCGCGGCUGCAGCUAAUGUCAACGAGGGCAAAGAUCCUUUGACAGACCCCACUCUUCUUUGCUGCGCUUUCAAGAAACACAGGAUCUAUUUAUUCAGUCUAAACAAAUUCCGACUGUCGUGGUUUGGGUUAUUCAGUCGAAGAGAACCAGAAGAACCGGAAGACACAACUAAGGGAAGGGAUGUAUUUAAUGAAAAGCCCCCUGCUGACGAGCUUUUGGCUGCUUCCGAUAUAGGAAAAUCUGUUACAACAUCUCUUCCUGAGAAUGUGAUCAUGCACACAUCACUUGGUGAUAUUCACAUUAAACUGUACCCAGAAGAAUGUCCCAAAACUGUGGAGAACUUCACCACUCACUGCCGCAAUGGUUAUUACGAUAAUCUCAUUUUCCACCGGGUUAUCAAAGGCUUCAUGAUACAGACAGGAGAUCCUCUGGGAGAUGGCACUGGUGGGCAGUCUAUUUGGGGUAGGGAGUUUGAGGAUGAAUUCCACAAAAGUUUGAGGCACGACAGACCUUUUACACUGUCCAUGGCAAAUGCGGGGCAAAACACCAACGGCUCUCAGUUCUUUAUAACCACUGUGGCAACGCCAUGGCUGGAUAAUAAGCACACUGUAUUCGGUAGAGUUGUGAAGGGAAUGGACGUAGUACAGGGCAUAGAGAAGGUGAAGACAAACAAGCAAGACAAACCCUACCAAGAUAUUAAAAUAUUGAAUGUGACUAUCCCCAAGUGAAGCUUUUCCUUCUUAAGAAAAUGAAUUGGCAGAAUAUGUUUCAGUUGUUAUCCUGUUAAAUUUUUGGAUAUUUGUUUUCAGUAAUGAACACUAAUUCAAUUUUGUAAACA